UUCAGUUGCUCGGCCGCCGGUGGGAUGCGCCUCGGCCUCCCCGUGCUGAUGUCUGCGCUGUACCGGGGCCCAUCCACGGCCUCCCCCCGCGCCCACCUGGCCCUAAAAGACGUGCGGGAGGUUCAGGAGGAGACCAGCCUGGAUGAGAAGCUCUUUCUGCUGGCCUGCGAAAAAGGUGAUUACUACAUGGUGAAGAAACUGCUUGAGGAGAAAAAGCAUGGUGAGCUUAACAUUAACUGUGUGGACGUGCUGGGGAGAGAUGCAGUCACCAUCACUAUUGAGAAUGAGAACCUGGACAUCCUGCAGUUGCUCCUGGACCAUGGAUGCAAGACAACAGAUGCUCUUUUGGUGGCAAUUGACUCUGAGGUUGUGGGAGCUGUGGACAUCCUUCUUAACCAUCGGCCCAGACGAUCCUCCAAACCCUCUAUGGCGUCACUGAUGCAGCGUAUCCAGAACCCAGAAUAUUCCACCACCAUGGAUGUGGCUCCUGUAAUCCUGGCUGCUCACAGGAAUAACUAUGAGAUCCUGACCAUGCUUCUGAAGCAGGAUAUCUCACUGCCGAGACCACAUGCUGUGGGAUGUGAGUGCACUCUCUGCCUUGCCAAGAACAAGAAGGACAGUCUCCGUCACUCCAGAUUUCGUCUGGAUAUCUACCGCUGCCUGGCAAGCCCAUCACUUAUCAUGCUGACAGAGGAGGACCCCAUUCUGCGAGCCUUUGAGCUCAGCGCUGAUCUCAAGGAGCUCAGUCUGGUUGAGGUGGAGUUCAGGACUGAUUAUGAAGAGCUGGCUAAGCAGUGUAAGAUGUUUGCUAAGGACCUGCUGGCCCAGGCACGGAACUCUCGGGAGCUUGAAGUAAUCCUGAAUCACACAUGCAGUGAGGAUCAUGUGGAUAAGAGAGGACUGCUGGAGGAACGCAUGAACCUCAGCCGCCUCAAACUGGCCAUCAAGUAUAACCAGAAGGAGUUCGUCGCUCAGUCUAACUGUCAGCAGUUCCUGAACACGGUGUGGUUCGGUGAGAUGGCUAGUUACCGGCGUAAACACACUGGGUUGAAGCUGCUGACGGUGCUGGGUGUAGCUCUGCUAUGGCCUCUGCUCUCCGUAUGUUACCUGCUCAUACCACGUUCACGAGUGGGUCACAUGAUCCACACUCCCUUCGUUAAGUUCAUCAUCCACAGUGCCUCCUACCUUACCUUCCUUCUUUUGCUUAACCUCUACUCAUGGGUCUACAACAAGAACCAGAAGAACACCAUGGGCCCGGACCUGGAGAUGAUAGACUACCUGCUUAUCCUCUGGAUCAUAGGAAUGGUGUGGUCGGAUGUGAAGCGCCUUUGGUAUGAGGGACUGGAGGAUUUCAUGGAGGAGUCGAGGAAUCAGCUGAGUUUUGUCAUGAAUUCACUCUAUCUGGCCUGCUUCACUCUGAAGGUGGUGGCUUACCUCAAGUUUAACCACGUCCAUAAAUCUGAGCGAAAAGACUGGCAAGCAUCUCACCCCAUCCUGGUAGCUGAGGGGCUUUUUGCCUUCGCUAAUGUCCUGAGCUAUCUGCGCCUGUUUUUCAUGUACACCACCAGCUCCAUCCUCGGCCCUUUACAGAUAUCAAUGGGUCAGAUGCUUCAGGAGUUUGGAAAGUUCCUCGGCUUGUUCCUGCUGGUCCUAUUUUCCUUCACCAUCGGCCUGACGCAGCUCUACGGAAAAGACCAGAAAGAUCCAUCCAUGCCAAAAAACGACAGCAAGGACUGUGAAGGAAUCUUCUGUAAACAGCAAAGCAACGACACCUUCCACACGUUUAUGGGGACGUGUUAUGCUUUGUUCUGGUACAUCUUCUCACUGGCUCAUGUAGCACUCUUCGUAACCAGGAUUAGCUACACAGAGGAAUUACGCUCGUUUGUGGGAGCUCUUAUAGUCGGCACUUACAACAUUGUGGUUGUGAUUGUUCUUACCAAGCUUCUGGUAGCCAUGCUGCAUAAGAGCUUCAGACAGAUUGCUAACCAUGAGGAUAAGGAGUGGAAAUUUGCUCGUGCUAAGCUCUGGCUCAGCUACUUUGAUGAUAAAUGCACACUGCCUCCACCGUUCAACAUCCUCCCAUCCCCAAAAACUCUGUGCUACAUAGUGACAAGUCUGAGCAAGUGGAUCUGCUCCCACACGUCCACGGGCAAGGUGAAGAGACAGAACAGCCUCAAGGAGUGGAAAAACUUAAAGCAAAAGAGGGAUGAGAACUAUCAGAAGAUCAUGUGCUGCUUGGUACACCGCUAUCUGACCUCCACACGCCAGAAGAUGCAGAGCACUGAUCAGGCCACAGUAGAGAACCUUAACGACCUGCGCCAAGACCUGUCCAAGUUCCGCAACGAGAUGAGAGACCUGCUCGGCUUCCGCACAUCCAAAUACGCCAUGUUCUACCCCAGAAGCUAAAAUUAUGAUCCAGCAUGCUUGGACAUUGUGAAGUCCUGAGACUCUAUAAUGUUUAUUCUACAAAGCCUGUCAAGUUUCCAAAUUCAGAACUUCUUCUAUCAUAUUACUCAUUUUCUAAAAAUCUUUGUUUUUAGGACAAAAUAUAAUAAAAUUUUCUUUUUGAAAAAUUGCACAUUUUACUUUUUAUGCUUGACUUUUAUUUUUUAAAGAUGAUUUUCAAUUCCGAGGUCUGGUAGCCUUAUCCAGGAGUUUGUUCUUACCUGGCUUCCAGUUCCACAUCAACCUUUAUCAGGA